CGUGUUCUCGAUUCGUCUCAUCGCACAAAAUACGCGGUCAUGCUCGGCAUGCUCGGAUCAGCCGCAUUGAUUUGGUAUUUUUGCCUCUCGGGUGCACGUGAUGAUCGGAUUGAACCGGAUCAAUCGACCGAUCAGACUCACACACCAUUGUAUCCCGACUUGGAUCCGCCUCCGUAUGACGACGCUGUACGCGAACGUAAGUACCACAAUAAUAAUGUUGCAAGUUAA